GGGCUGACGGCCCCUCGGAGAAAAAACGCAGGCAAUCUGGCCAAAAGCUUCGGACCAUCUGGCCUCUCCGCUCUCACUUCUGUAUCUAACGUCUCCGGCCAGCAUGCUGCUCUGGCGCAGCCUAACAAGCUCCAUAUCCUGGCCACGUCCUUCACUUCUCACAGCUGCCUCGGUCCACCGCGGCCGCAUCCCUCUUUACAACCGACUAAACCCUUGCAAGCCCAUAGCCGCCGGCCGCCGUGCUGCGUCAUUUGCGGCCCCGCAGCCAGAACUAGUUAGGGAAGCCCUUUUCGUGCCACCGGGGGUGGCGAAAGAGAAUGUGACGGUCGGAAUGGUGCUGCCGGGAUCAAAUAUCGUUGUUGGCCCAUACGCCGGUGAUGCACGGAUCAAGCAUGCGGAUUUCGUGAAGAGCAGUUCGCGGGCUAAAGAUUGCCCCAAAGAUGACCGGCCUGAGUUCGCAGUCAUCGGGAGGUCCAACGUCGGCAAAUCGUCUCUCAUCAACGCCCUCGUCCGCCAAAAGGAUAUUGCCUUAACUUCCAAGAAACCAGGGAAAACUCAGCUUAUAAAUCACUUUUUGAUCAACAAAAGUUGGUACAUUGUCGACUUGCCUGGAUAUGGUUUUGCACAUGCAUCGGAAUCUGCUCGGAUGGACUGGUCCUCCUUUACCAAGGGCUAUUUUCAGAAUCGAGACACUUUGGUCGCUGUCUUGCUGCUUGUUGAUGCCAGUAUUCCACCCCAACAAAUUGACCUAGAUUGUGCCAACUGGCUGGGUCGCAAUAACAUUGGGAUGACCUUUGUUUUCACGAAAUGUGACAAAACUAAGGGUGGUAAGGGAAGUCAUCCUGCUGAUAACAUAAAGCAGUUUCAAGAACUCAUCAAAACAUGUUAUCGUGAGCCUCCUCCAUGGAUCAUGACAAGUAGUGUUACUGGCUUAGGUCGUGAUGAGCUGCUGCUCCACAUGUCCCAGUUGAGAAAUUUCUGGGGUAAUAAUGAGGAGUAAUUUGUGUAGGCUUGGAACUCUCUUACCAAACCAGUUAGUUGUCUUCUUCAGUAGGUAGCUUCUCUGUAUAUUUUAGAUUUGAUAUCUUAUGUGAUAAUAAGGGAAUUAUUUCAGUGUACAAGCAAAAGCCACAGGCAGGAAUCUGAAAAUGGAGCGUUCCAGAUUUAUUUAGUUUCAA